CAGUGUUGUGAUAUGUCAAUUCUUGUUGUCAAUGUGUAAUUAUUUAAAAAAAAUUAAAAAAUAUUUAUUUAUUAACACUUGUACUUAAUUGUAAUAGAAUAUAUAUAUAUAAUUUAUAUUAAAUAUGUUAUGAGAACAUAACUUUUCUGCAUACAAUACAACUCCAGCGCCUCUCUUGACUAUAUGCACUAUUAUAGUUAACAAUAAAAUGGCCGAGAGUAACACUAAAACGUCAAAGGAUAUGUCAUCCUCUGUGACAGAAGAUACAGAAGAAAAGACAACAGCAGAUAUCAGUCGUUAUUUUAAUAAUGCACCACGUACGAUUUUUGACGAUAUCGUAGCACCAAACCAACAAAAUUAUUUUAAUAGCCCAUCAGAAUCAGAGGAUAAUAUUUCAAGGUUUAAUUCAAUUUUAAAUAGUACACCCAAUUUGUUCUCCGUUGAUACUUUAAUAGAUAAUGAUCGAAUGUCUGAUCAUGCAACGUACAGCGAUUUGCACAGAGACGCUUGGAUACCAUCUGAACGUACUCGUAAAAUAUUACGCUCAGUUGCUACCUCAACGGUUGGCACAACCUUUCUUGAAAGAGACAAUUUAACUAUGCCAGGAUUGGCAUUACAAGGAGAUAUGCCUGAUUUAAUAAAAAAUGGUGUUGCACAUUUUCUAGGAGAAGACGAAGAGAUGCAAAGAAAUGUACUUACUGCCUCGGACGUCACUCAAGACGAACGCGGAUUGAGAAAAUUAAUACAAACCGGUUGUUACAGAGCUGCCAUUAAUUUGUCAGGAAGACUUAUUUCAAUCUAUGCUCAAGGUUAUGGAAAAAUAAAUCAACCGAGUAAACAUACUCCACAUUCUUUACAAUUAUGGUACACCAGACUUUCCUUGUUAACUAAGUUGAAACAGAAUGAAUUGUUAGAAAAAGAAUCUAAGCCGUUUGGAGAUUUGGAUAAGCCAGACAUGUAUUUUACAUUUUAUCCAGAAUUAUAUGGUACCAGACCAGGUUCCAUGGCUUCGUUUGCUUUCAGAUUACUUUUAGCUGAAGUUCCAUAUUAUUAUGGUAAACCAAAGGAAGCAUUAGACAAAUUACACAAACUUUUGAGCAUAGUCAAUGAAAUACUGUCAAAUUUACAAGCCGAUCUUACGGGAGACAAAAUUGAUGCCAAAGUUACCAAUAUGGAACAACAAAAAGAUGCUAUUGUACUGUGGUCACGCAGAAAAUCAAGAAUAUUAAUCUCUAUAAUUAACUGCGCCGUUGGAAUGAAAAAUUACAUUUUGGCGGUAGAUAUAUUGGAAGAAUUGAGCAAAUCACAUGAUUGGACAGCAGAGCAAUUACAAAUAUUUCGAUCUAGCAUAGGAAGAAUACAUUUGUUUCUCGGGGAUGUAUCUACUGCAGAAAUAUUAUUAAAUAAUAGAGUAAUGCAAACGACUACGGUUACUGUUAGAGAAUUGGUAGAUAAAGGCUUAAUAGCGGUAGCUAAAAACUCUUUUCAAGAAGCAUUCAAUUAUUUUCAAGCAGCAUCCUCUAUGGAUACCACUAACGUAAUGCUGAUCAAUAAUAUGGCUGUUUGUCUUCUUUAUACUGGUCAGCUUAAAGCUGCAGUACAUUUGUAUGAAAAUGCGGUAGCAAGAAAUCCUAUGAAAAGCUUACAAGAACCAAUAUUAUUGAACAUGUGUACUUCCUACGAGUUACAUACCAAUCAUUGUAAGCAAACCAAACUACAUUUACUAAGGCAGCUAAAUAAACACAAAGGUGAUGCUAUUGACAUCCAGUGUUUAAAACUUGGCAUGUAAUUUUUUCAAACAGAAGAAAGAAAAAUAUCGUUAACAGAAUUUAAUAAAUUUACGAGAUGUUUAAUAUAAAAAAAGUAAUAGGUAUAUCAUAUAUAUACACACUGUAUAUUUUAAAAUAAUUCUAUCUCCCGGACUAUAUUCGUUUUGAAAAAAUAAAUAUUCUUUUUCGUAAGAAUUGUAGUCGUCCUGAAUAUAUUACACAUAUUUAAUUUUAAUUUUAAGAAAAAUAAUUUGAGAACAAACAUCGUCACAGAGGAAGAAGAGAUGUAUUAACAAACAAACAAAAAUAAUAAGAAAUUCUACAUUAGCGUCAAAGUAAAAUAGCUUUUAUUACAUCAGGAAACGAAGACAAUUUAAUCAACGAUCAACAAGUGCUAAAGUUCGUCCUCUCCAUUACUAUUUUUUUCUUUUAUUCUUUCAAUCUUUUCUAUCUCAAAUCCUUCCUUCGAUUCCUGUAUUAUUUCUUAUCAUCUAUUCUGCCGUCGUAUCCGCAUACCUCUCUCUCUCUCUCUCUCUUUCUCUCUCUCUCUCUCUCUCUCUCUCUCUCUCUUUCUCUCUCUCUCUUUGCAUUUAAUUGCUCCAACCAAUCCAAUCCAAUCCAAUCCAAUCCAAUUCUACAAAUAUGAAUUCAUCCUCUACUCGUUAUUUAAUAUUUCGUUACUUUAUUGACUUAUUCCAAAAGCGUGUUUUAAUUAACGUUUACUGAAAAUAUAUAUACUACUACGUAAGAAUAGGAAUACACGUCUUGAAUUUCGUUCAUUAUUUUUCAUUAUUCGUUUAACGAUUAUCGUGCGUUACU